AUGGAAGCACCCCGACUCUCAUCGGCCGAGAGCCUUCUCCGCAAAGAAUACAAGCAGCCUUCCAAAGAUCCAUGGGCAGCUCCUUACGGCGGCCUCUCAUCGUACUUCUGGCAAAAAUACGGACUUCGUUCCUCGCCACGGCCACUCGAGGUGCCUGCGACUGCGCAGCCCCUCUUUGAUGCCGAUUUUCUGAAUGCGCAAAAUAUCCAACCGGGUGUGCCAUCAUCAUCGGAUGUUGUGGUUGUAGGUGGUGGCAUCCACUCGCUCAUUUACGCUAUACAUCUUCGCCUCCGCUCCCAGUCUCUUUUUGCAAGCGACCCGACUCUCCACGUACCCUCAAUCACUGUGCUCGAGCGACUUCCCUCGCCAGGCUACAAGAUUGGCGAAUCGACACUUACGACCUUCGGUGUCUGGCUCAGAUCAGUCGGCAUUAGCACUUCAGUCUUGUGGCGGUUAUUCGGUGCAAAGGAUGGCCUCGCCUUUUACUACCUCCCUCCAGACGGCUCCUGGGACGGAGUCACGUCGUUUUGUGCGAAUGGCCCUAGUGGUGAUUUUGUAGCUACGUUGCAGAUCGAGCGCAAAAUCAGCGAGCUGCUGUUGACGCUCUACGCACAGCGGCUGGGGGUGAAGGUCCUUCAUGGUACGGGCGUCGACGUCCCUGGGACGCCGAUAAGUAGUGACCCGGUCUUGCCGCGGCUUGCAAAAGUACGCGAAACAUCACGUUCGAGUGACCCGGACAAACCAAUAAGCUCGUCUGCGGUUCCUCCGUCGAAUCUCGAAGCCUCGCCUUGCCGUACCGAGCCUAAGGCUGGACAUGUGAAAUUGACAAAUGGUGUAGAUAUACAGACCAAGCUUUUGGUAGAUGCAACCGGCCGAUUCCGUCGCUUUGCGUCGAAAAAGAGUAAGUCGGAGCGGUUCGAGGGAUUCAACACAGACUCUUUCUGGGCGUACUUUGAAAUGACGGGCGACGAAUCUGAUCUGCCGUUUGAUAACUACGAGAGUUGCCAUACGAACCAUAUUUGCAUUGCUGAAGGCUGGGCGUGGCUCAUUCGGCUUCCCACAUGGGAGGGUAGCUCAAUCCCGAAUCUUACGGCUAUGAUCAAUUAUCUAUUAGACCUCAACCAGGCCAAUACACCUUCGGACUCGUACCCAUCGAUGGAGGAGGUAGCUCAGAGGUUCAAUUGCAAGGUCCGCUGGGUCACGAGCAUCGGGUUCGCGCUUCGCAGCGAUGUUGUCUACCCUUCUUCGGAGGAGUUACAAAGGUAUGGUGGUUGUGAAGCAGAAAGAAAAUUUAAUUGGAUCACAUCCAAGUACCCGCGUAUGCAAGCAUACAUGGAUCGCCACCGACUCGUCAAGGAUUUGUAUGGGACGAACUCGACAUGGUUCAUCCGCAAGCAACUCACUUACAGCACACCUAUCUUGUCCGGUAUCGCGAAUAAGACUGGCGACGACGGCGACGGUAUGGCGUGGGCAGCUAUCGGCGAUGCGGCUGGAUUCACGAACCCGCUUUAUUCCCCAGGGAUCAACUGCAACAUGGCUACCAGUGUUUUCCUGGCCGAAAAGACGCCUUACCUUCUGUCUAGAGGUAGACUGGAGAAGGAGAAGACUUUGGAUCAAUACAACAAGUUCUGCUCGGAAAGAGUGGCCAAUCUAAACCGUAUGAACAAAUACAACUACGUACUCAUGCAAUCGCCCCGGACUGGACCCUUGGGCCCACUUUGGCAGUAUAUGUCUGGAACAGGGAAUGCCUUGUGGCGCAGAUCUUCCGAAUUUGUGUCCGUCGACCGGGUCGCAGAGUUCGUGACCACGUGGGAAUGGGGCUCCCAGCAUCCAGAGUACACCAUGUUUGCAAAAGAGGUCAUUCGGCUUCUGGGGAACCGCUUGGACGACGGACCACCUGAGGAGGCGCGAGUGGAGGAAGUGCUGCAGCUUUCGGAGGAGAUGAUGGCUCGGGCCAAGCAGAGCGGCAAGUAUAUAAAUCGCUGGGCAGGGCUGUUCAGUUGGUAUGACGAUGAGUUGCGGUUCAACGCGAGCAAGAAAGGAAGGGAUAAGCUCGCUGUGCGAUGUGAGGGAUGCGGAAACUGGCGCAUUUUGACGGGUGUCUCCACAAGGUGCUGCACUUGUGGAAUAGUAUGUAAGGAGGUAGAUAUCGUCAGAUAUGAGGAUGCAUGA